CGUAGCAUCAAGUACGUUGUGGAACCCAACAAUAUGGGCGGCAUGCGUCUGCCCAACGGCACUUGGACAGGCACCAUGAAAAUGUUAUUUGAAGAUGAAAUUGAUAUAACGUCGCUGAUGAUCCUUUCCCACGAGCGAUCUGAGGCAUUUGACUGGACGGAGUUCCUGUACCUGGAGGAACACACGGUUGGCUACAAGCGACCUGUGAUUGAGUCUGAUAUCACAGGCUUCUAUAAACCUUUCUCCGGUCAGGUGUGGUUGCUGGUGGCGGUAGUGGUGGUAGUAGUGCCUGUUAGCCACACGGUGCUCAGGUGGACGCACCGUCAGCUGCCUCGGCGUGAGCUGCACAGCAGCAAAGAAUCAAGUCAGCAGCAGCGUCUCAAUGUGGGCACUGACACACGGGACUCCAUCAUGUGGAUGCUAUCUGCCCUCCUGGCACAGUCUCUGCCCCUGACACCGCCGCGUGGAGUAGUGAGGAUCUUGACAGGGCUCUGGCUGCUGCUGGCCCUCAUCCUGGUCACUGUAUACAGGUCUAACCUCAAGGCAAUGUUAAUCCUCCCAAAAAUAAACCUUCCCUUUGACAACUUGGACCAGCUGACGCACACCGAAAUACCUGUCUGGGUGUCACUCAACUCAAUGCUUCAUGCUGCCGCUGUGAAUGGAGAGAAAAACUCCACCAUGGGACGCUUCAAUUCUCUUAUAAACAGUGUGGGAAAGCCUAACAAUGUAACUCAAGCAAUAGUGGAUCUGGUAGCAGGCCGCCAAGCCCUGGCUGCCCCUCGUUCCGCACUGGUUCAAAUAUUGCACUCGCUCUUCACAAUGACAGGAAAGUGUUCUACAUACCUUAUGUCAGAGAGCUUCCUCAAGACCAACAUCGGGUGCCUCAUUCUCCAAAAAUAUUCCCCCCUAAAGGACCAACUGGACCCUAUACUACGUAACUUGCGGGAGUUUGGGAUCUUAAAUCGGAUGUACCAUCGGGGAGUAGUAAAUGCUGAAGAGUGUCUCAAGUCCAUAUCAGCAAAAUUGGAUGACUCCUGGCGUGCCCUCAGUCUAGAAGAUUUCUACGGUGUUUUUUUAGUAUACUCUUGUGAUCCCUCCUGCACUCUGCUGCCCUCUUCACUGCCACUCCUCUGCCUUCUCUUGUCCUGUGGAUUACUCAAGAAGUCAUCUCUCCCUUUCUGCCAGUCCUCAAGUCGUCACCAUCAUCACAACCAAAAUUUAAGUGCCCAAUUAAUUUAAUCGUUCCUUGUUUUCUCCAGUUUUCUUUCAUCUGGUAUUGAACUGUGUCUGUCUAAUUAUGUCUCUCUAUCUAUCAAUCAGUUUAAUUUUCCAACUCAGUCAGUGUGCAUACAUAACACCAUACAUGUUUAUUCAUGAGUCUCAUCAAUUCCCAAACUUUUCUGGCAUAGAAACAGGUCAUCUGUAUAUUUAGAGGAUAGAGGAGGAAUGUACUAGGCAUUCUGCCAUUUCUGACAAAGAAAAAUUAUGUCUUGAAAUCUUGCAUCUGUCAUGAGCCAUUGACCUUGCUGGGCUUUUAGUGAAGUCAGAUAAAUGAAGGCCUAUCCAUCAUAUUUAGUUACAAGAUUCAUAUUCUCACCAAUCAUUUUGCUAUCAGAGAUCCUCAAGGCUAAUAAUCUCAAGUAAAUUUUCUCACUUCAGUCUUUGUCUUUCAUUCCUAGGAAAACCAAUUCAGUUGUUUGUGUUAUCACAUAACAUUGCCCGUCUUAGCCAUCAUAGAUCAUCCUGCCAUGCCAACUAGGGAUGAGAUCAAGACACAUCAACACUUCGACGCAUUAUGUUCUAUUGUUACUACAAUCAAUCUGGUUACAAAAUUAAUCCCCCUAAAGUUACAAGUGGGUCCUGAUAUAUUUUCAUGCAAGAUGGUUUAUUAUGAGGUCUCUACUGACAAUUCUAACGAGUGCUUCUCUUAGAUCAUGAUUCCUUAAUUUUUUGUGAAUAUCAUUCUUUACCAUAUCCACAACUCUUCUCAUAGGACAUCCAGUUCAUUACUGAUGCCUUUCACAAGCAAAAUGAUCAUACAUCUGGCAAUCUAUGAGGAAUGAUAUUUUCAGUAUUAUGCUCUCUUCUCUCAACAUGCUCACUACAGUCCUUCCCUUCCAUAUUUCAUUGCUACAGCAUCUUGGGAUGUAAUGUCUGACGAUUUGCUCAAGUUUCCAUUUACAUAGUGUGGCCAUCAACAUCUCUUGGUGUGCAUUAAUAGUUUUUCACAUUUCACAAACCUUGCUGUCAAAGACAAAUCUGCAUAUUCUGUGGGUUGUGCUCUUUGAUAGCAUAAUCUAUCCUCAUUGCUCUCCUUUGUCCUCUUA